CCUUCGGUCUUCAUUCAGAUAUCUUACCAUGUGUAGGAAAUCCAUUGCACCCCUAUAAAUAAACUUCCACAUCCUUCCUCCUUGCACUAAAACAUUAUUCAACAACUCCUCUUUUUUCAAACGAUGGAGACCUCCUCAAAAUUCCAUGUUGCUUCUGCGAUUAUUGUUGCGCUGGGAUUAUUCUUCCUAACAGCGGCAGAAUGUCGAAAACCGGUUUCGGGCACGAUCAAUUACUCGGCCAUAAACUGUAGAAAACAUAGUGCUCUUUUGACCGACUUUGGAGCCGUUGGAGACGGAAAAACUUCCAACACAAAGGCCUUUAAGGCUGCCGUUGGUCAUCUAAGUCAGCUUGCAUCCGACGGCGGAGCGCAGCUUAUUGUGCCGCCGGGAAGGUGGCUCACCGGAAGCUUCAACCUCACUAGCCACUUUACCCUCUUCCUCCAAAAGGAUGCCGUGAUUCUUGCGACUCAGGAUGAGUCAGAGUGGCCUCAUCUUCCAGUACUGCCUUCAUAUGGGAGAGGCAGAGAUGCCCCCGGUGGAAGGUUCAGCAGUCUCGUCUUCGGAACAAACCUCACCGACGUUGUAAUUACCGGUAACAACGGCACAAUCGACGGCCAAGGUGCUUCUUGGUGGGCAAAGUUCAAACAAGGUCACUUGACCCUCACCCGACCAUACAUGAUCGAGAUCAUGUACUCUAAUCAGAUUCAAAUUUCUAAUCUCACUUUGGUCAAUUCCCCUUCGUGGUUUGUCCAUCCCAUAUACAGCAGCAAUAUAACAAUCCAAGGGCUCACAAUCCUUGCACCAGUUGAUUCUCCCAACACCGAUGGGAUUGACCCAGAUUCUUGUUCACAAACAAGAAUCGAAGACUGCUACAUUGUCUCUGGAGAUGACUGCAUUGCAGUUAAGAGUGGAUGGGACGAAUACGGAAUCAAAGUAGGAAUCCCAACGGAGCACCUUGUGAUCAGAAGGCUCACUUGCAUUUCACCUGACAGUGCCACCAUUGCCCUAGGUAGUGAAAUGUCGGGUGGAAUCCACGAUGUUAGAGCUGAGGACAUCACAGCCAUUGACACUCAAUCGAGUGUGAGGAUCAAAACUGCCGUAGGAAGAGGAGCUUAUGUCAAAGACAUUUAUGUGAGAAGAAUGACCUUGAAGACAAUGAAGUAUGUCUUUUGGAUGACCGGCUCUUAUGGAUCGCACCCUGACCCCAGCUUUGAUCCUAAAGCGUUGCCUGAGAUUACAAACAUCAAUUACAAGCAGGUUGUGGCAGAAAAUGUUACUUAUUCCGCAAGGCUGGACGGAAUCCCUAAUGAUCCUUUUAAGGGAAUUUGCAUUUCGAAUGUGACCAUCACACUAACUGAGAAGCCGAAAAAAUUGCAAUGGAACUGCACUAAUGUUGAGGGAAUCACAAGUAAUGUGACCCCAAAGGCGUGCGAUUUGUUGCCCGAGCAGAAAGAAGUGGUUGAUUGUGCUUUCCCUGAGGAUAGGUUGGCGAUCGAGGAUGUUAAGUUGGUGACUUGCUCUGCAAGCACCCCCUUCUUCUGAGUGUAUUAGAUGGGAAUUCUUAUACUAAAAGAACAUUGCAGUAUGAA